CCAGCGCAUCCACAUUCGUAACGUGAGGGAUUCCGCUCCAAAAUGAGAUGAAUCGACAGAUGCUGUAUCUCUAAACCAGUUAACUUGAUGUACGUCCGCAUCUGACCGUUUUACGUGCUUCCCAUAACACAAUUAAUCGCCUCGAUUAACUGUCUCAGGAGAAGCUGAUAUUCAUUAUAAGAUUAGUGGGGGAAAAUCAGCUACAAUUCCAAGAUUUAGUACUGGGUUACAGCGAAGAAUGUGCUCCAAAGUGUUUUGUUAACAUUGAACGACGUCGACUGCGCUACGUCUGUUUUUUCCACACCGAGUAGAGAACCGUUAAUACCAUAAUUAGCGAAAAACAACCUACUUAAAUGAAUAAAUUAAUUUCAGGAGGUUGCGACUCGCUCUCACCCGUCGAGGGAUGGAGCGAUGCACACAGUACCCGGAGAGAGCGCGCGCAGGCAUGAAUGCACUGUGUGAUCAGACGUACAUCUCAUUCAUUCCUCCCUUCUGCAACUGCAACACGAUCUUCCCGUGAUGCGAUGAUUUUCACUUUCAGCAGUGUGCAAAUAUACUGCCUGCAUCGACGCAAAUAACGCAGUUGCUUGCCUUUACUUUUUUUUCCUGUGACAUAAUCUAAUAAUUUCUCUUUUUGUCCACACGCAGCCGAGGAGCAGACAUCCUUUUCAGAUGUAGUAAAGGAUGCACUUUAAUGAUAUAAAUGCAAUAUCCAGUUGUGAUUGUUUCCCUUUCGGGACUGCCAGCUUGUGUUCUAAAUGACAUACGCUUCGGACAGAUGUUUACUGUCGACCAUACCGUCUCACAGUUUGGAAUGCAAGGGCUGAACACAACUGCUUUGGACUUAAACGGGAACCGUAACACUAAAAGAAGAAUUUCCUUGUGAAGAUUUCUGGAUACCAAAAGACUUCGUCGAAGAGGACCCCAGAGGUGCUGGCUUGGCUCAGAGACCCGGGCCCUCUCUGUCCCCAUCCCGGGCCCCUCGGCUCUCCUCCGGUAGCCAUGCCCUCCGCCCACCCCGCCCGGCCUCUGGAGAAGGACCACCUGCUUCAGUAGGAUGCUGAUCCCCGCCCGGCGCCACCACCUGCCCGCCGCUCCACCCGCACCUCUUGCCAUCCUCCCGUCCGCCGGCGCCUCCACGCUCCAACAUGAAGGAUGAGGUCAUCAAUAACAACGCGCUGGCCUGGCUGGUGUGCUCUGGUGUGUCCAUCCUGGCCAACACCUGGGGCAUUCUGAGCGUGAGCGCCAAGCAGAAGAAAUGGAAGCCCCUCGAGUUCCUCAUCUGCACCCUGGCCGGCACCCACAUCCUUAACAUGGGCAUCCCCAUCACCAUGUACUCCGUCAUCCAGCUGCGCCGCCAGCACUCCAGCUACGAGUGGAACGAGGGGCUCUGCAAGGUCUUCGUCUCCACCUUCUACACCCUCACCCUGGUCACCUGCUUCUCCGUCACCUCCCUCUCCUACCACCGCAUGUGGAUGGUGCGCUGGCCGGUCAACUACAGGCUGAGCAACACUAAGAAGCAGGCUGUGCACACGGUUAUGGGCAUCUGGAUGGUGUCCUUCAUCCUGUCCACGCUGCCGGCGGUGGGCUGGCACGACACCUCCGAGCGCUUCUACACCAACGACUGCCGCUUCAUUGUCACGGAGAUCGGCCUGGGCUUCGGCGUCUGCUUCCUGCUGCUGAUCAGCGGCAGCGUGGUGAUGGGGGUCAUCUGCAUCGGCAUCGCCCUCUUCCAGACCUUCUCCAUCCAGACGGGGCACAACGUGGACAAGAACAAGUUCAACGUGCCCACCAUCGUGGUGGAGGACGCCCAGGGCAAGCGGCGCUCCUCCAUCGACGGCUCCGAGCCCAUCAAGACCUCGCUGCAGAUCACCUACCUGAUCAGCGGCAUCGUGUUCAUCUACGACUUCCUCACCGGAUUUCCCAUUUUGGUGGUGAGUUUCGCCAGUCUGAAGUACGACCGCUCCUACAGCUGGAUGGUGCUGUGCGUUCUGUGGUGCUCCAUCGCCCAGUCCAUCCUGCUGCCAAUGUUCCUGUGGGCCUGCGACCGCUACAGGGCCGACGUCAAGAUGGUGUGGGAGAAGUGUGUGGCCAUCAUGUCCAACGACGACGUGGACGAAGAAAACAGCCAGGAUGGCGGAAUUCAUCCGGACUUAAUAUAUGACAGACCAUAUGACUAUAGCUCCGCAGCUGAUAUCAUGACGGUAGACCGUAUUGCCAAGUACGAAUUCUCAACCUUAGAAAGGGGGGUCCCCCAAGGUUAUCCAUUGAGGGAACUACAGGAAGAUAAAAUGCAGUAUUUGCAGGUGCCCCCUACAAGAAGAUACUCCCACGACGAAACCGACAUGUGGACCACAGGUCAGAUCCCUUCGUACCUCCAUCGCUGGGGCUCCACGGAGGACAUCAUUGGGAUCCCGCACUACAGCUCUCCUCGCCACGAGAGGCGGAGAAGCAGUCUGGUCUCCUACCACGAGGAGAGCGGCCCCUACCGCAAGAGGAGGAAGUCGGAGGACAGCGUUCAUUCCCUCAAGCAGCUCCCGCGGGGGGAGCGGUACGAGGAGGACUUUAAGUGCUUCAGCCGGGACGAGGUGAUCAACUUCAUCGACGAGACGCCGGUGCCCAGCCCCAUGAAGAGCCCGCGGCGCGCCUCGGCGAUCUCCCUCAUCCCCGACGUCUACGAGCAGCACAUCAUCCUCUACCCGCACUUCCCGCUGACCGACUUCGAGCGCGAGCCGCAGGUGCUGCGCCGGUUCAGCGAGCACGGCGGGAAGGGCCUGGGGCUGGCGGAGCCGCCCGAGAACUCGGGCAGAGACGCGGGGGAGAGCUCCGGUGCCUGCGGCUCCAGCAAGGGCUGCCGGCAGAGCCCGCGACAGGCAAAGCGCUUAUCCGAACUGGCCCCCCCCGGGCAAGCCCACCGGACUGGCGAGCAUUCCUCCCAGAGACUGAGGACAGGCCUCGGGGGCAAUAGCAGCUGGGGAGACCAGAAGAAUCUGACUAAACUAGAGAGCAAAGGAAGCACAAAUAGUUUUUUAAGCUCACCUUCAGCAUCCUCUGGAUAUAUCACCUUUCACUCAGAUUCCAUAGGAUCCACCACCUAGAGAGGACUUGGAGGACCUAUGAUUAUUAUUAUUAUUAUUAAUAUUGUUAUUAUUAUUAUUAUUAUUAUUAUUGAGGUUUCUUUCCAAGUGUGGAAUGUUGAUUAUUUUUUGUAAUACAGAAUCAAGAUAUCAAUCUGGAGAAAAUUUAUAUCUGGGGAGAGGGUGGGUAUUGAGUAGAAACACUUACAGACCUGUAUCACUGUCACAGUAUUUCCCAUUCAGCUGGGACUGACACUGAUAUCAUUACCCUAGAGGCUUUUUUUGCGCACUUCAUGUAGGCCCUCGUAUUCGAAAACAGGCAGACACGAUGAAGCGAUGUUGGGAAUGGACUGUAUGGUGUUGGGAACACUUUACUGUACAUAAAGAGUGAUUUCAGAGCUACUGUACAACACCAACAUAACAUUUUCUUUUACCACACAAACACAUUCCACUGUUUAGCGUUAUUGUUUUGCGUGUUUUUUUUUCUUGAUGGCAGUGCUGUGUGUUAUUUUCUUACAAAUAAAGUCAUGCACAAGGUAACGAGCACAGCUAAUUUAUGAAUUUACUGCACAUAGCAACUCAAAAACAUAUUCCGGCUUUAGCCAUUUUCUUUGUCUUAAUUUUGUGGCUGUAUGUGUGAGACUUCUACCUAAUGCCUCUCCUCAAAUCUUAACAGUCACUCUCAAGUUUAAGAUAUCGUGUAAAAUAUCAGAGAUUUGUUGGAGAAAACAGCUGUGUGCAAUUUUAAACACUUUUCUGUGGGAGUGCCUACUUGCACGUUUACACAGCCACUACGUAGAAAUUAACAGGAAGAAGGAAACAUGCUGAAUUAUUGAUUGGUUAAUCAUCUGGUCAAUAGGUAUUGCAUCUGCCAUAUACUACUGCAUUAUUUCCUUACAUUCCUUAUAUAUCAAUCUGAUAUACUGUGAUACUAAAGGACCAACCUUUAGGAUACUAAAGUGUGGACCAAUGACAAAAUACCAAGGUCUUACAAGACUGGUGUGCCACCCUAUGUUAACUUUGUGAUAUUCUUUUAUAUGCUGUACCUGAAAGACCAGCAGUUUAGUCGAGGCCCAUAAAGAAACUGAGUGAUUGACCAGAUUUGGAACAUUGUCUUAAAAUCCAGUUUAGCACGUGCCAACCUGAACAUAUGAGUGACAGAUUACUUUACCUGGGGUGUAUGGUAGGCACACACAUGUUUAUUUUUGUCUGAUGGUUUCAUUGAAAUCUUGCCUGAUUUUCUCAUAAAACGGUUUGGUUGAAAAGACAGCUGUGAAAUCUCAACAGGAUGUUUCCUGCGUGUUAUGUCAAAUGCUUACACACACACACACACACACACACACACACGUGCACACGCACUGAUACACCUGUUCAGUUAAUCAGCCAUGCACUUUGUCCCUAACAUUGAGCACUGAAUUUAAACAAGUGUGUUUUUUUUUCAUUUCAUACACACAUUAUUUGUAUUAUUAUCCUUCAAUUCCGGCUAUGGAUAAACAUGUAAUGUUUGUAAGAAAUGGGAAAAAAGGCACACUUGCUUAUAUUUUCAGUCAAAGCUAAGGAUGAUGAGCAUCUCAGACAGGUGGAAUGGCCCCAGGUUGCUAAACUUGAAUAAUGGUGCUUGAUGAUGUGGCAGUUUCACCUUGCUCGUCGGUGGCAUCCUGGUAGUCUGUGGGUGUCAAGGCUGGAUGCCACUUGAAAAGGUGGGCAGAUUUCUGAAUCUUGGACAUUCCUCUUUGUUAUGGUAUUCAAAACAGUCUCCUCUUGUAACUUUCUUCACUUGAAAUUCUAAAACCUUUUUACUCCAUAAACAUCCGCUUAAUCCAUCUUUUAGGACUUCCGCCAUAUUUUAAGGUCAGAUAAGUGCUUUCUUGGCCACGCAUCGUGAAUAAUGCAUACACGUUGCCUUCUUUAACCCUCUCUCAAUCCUUAAUUAAAAUAUUUAGACAGUCUAUCGUUUCUAAAUUUAAUUGCUGCCCAGCGUUUUUGCAUAGACGGUUGGGAAUGGGAAGAUGAUCUGUACGUUAUCACUAAAAAUGCUUCAUCAAAUGAAUGUACUUUAAAAGGUUUCUUGUGGCUGGGCUAACCAAUAAAUUACGACUGGUCAAAGAAGUAGCACCCACCGCUUGAAACAUGACUGAAGUACCCUAUCGAUAGCCUUAUGUGGUUUUGCCUGGUAAAGCUUCACCUCAUUCGCUCUUGCCUCUCGGCCGAACAGCGAUGAGCUAAACGAUGUAGCUCAAUAUCAUAGCUUUCUUGUUCUAAUUUGUCACUGGAAGGAGUGUUAUUUAGCAGUUUUCAAACUGGCACGAUGUGUAAUUAAACAUUUUGCCAGUACAUUUAACAAAAAACAAUAAUUAAAAAAAAACGUUAUACAGAGAGACAAAGCUCAAAUGGUCGCCGUUGCUGCUCUUGAAAACCCCGGGUUUAAAGCGGGAUUACUUAAUUGGUAACAUUAUCAUGUACAUGGACGUGCAUACGUGCGCGCCCUAGCAAACCUAGUUAUGUUUUUCGUUUUUUUUUUUUUUUCUCGAUCUGCAUCUUUUUCAAAUAAUGCUUUCAAAUGGGAUCAAAAGCAUUGACAAAAAGGAUCGAAGGAUCAUUUAAAUAAACACAUAUAUAAUAUGAAGUUAUAUCUUUUGCCGCUUAACAGACUUUUAAAAUAUCCCCUUUCGCAGUAGGCGACGCAAACUGAAAGUUAUGGUUUCUUUCUUUUUCUUUUGUUUAUACAGUAGUUUUAA